AUGAUGAAGCACGUUUCUGCAUUCCGCCCAGUCAACCCACUAAGUUACACACAAAUAGACUCGGAGAGCAUGUUUUUAAUGAAACACUGCCCUAUGAAAGUCGGAGAACGGAGUCGUAGAUACAAACAAGUUGAACUUGAGCGCCAAAUAGAAAGUUUAAUACUCGAAAGAGAGAUUCUCGACACCAAACUACAAAUGGCCACGUCAACUCUUGAAGCAAACUCUUAUGCAAAGAAAAUGAAAGAGUUGGAGUUAAGCAUAUUGAAUAAAAAGAAACAUUUAACACGACUUCAAAAGAAUAUUAAAGCUUCAAUAGAACGUAAAGAAUGUAUAGCAGAGCGGGAAAAACCGAUUUAG